AACCGGACCGCCCAUUCACCUGUGCCGUCAGCAGCCGGUACCGGUGGCAGUAACUGGUGGAACAGCCGCCGGUUCCAAAACCUAAACGGAACAGGGACCCCGGUGUAUGUUUAUACCAACUCGCACAGGCCCGUCGACGCAUUCGCCGAAGACGAUGGAUUUGUUGCCAAGCGGAGGAGCCCCGCUCUCCUCUUCUUACCGGUGCUCCCUCAAAGCCAUUCGCCCCGCCCCUCAUCUCUUCUCCUCCUUUCCAAACCCUGCCUACACACCCAAGAUCUGCCCCAAGCCAAUCACUCUUGCUAGCGCCGAGCCCGGAGUUUCUCGCCCCACCGCGGCCACCGUUCCACCCAGUUCAAUUCCUGUUAACAAAGCUGAUGAGGAUUUAAUAUCUUUUGUCUCUCCGGAUGAAGUUCAUCUUGAAGGUGUUAUCCAGUUCCAGAAACCCGACUCUUCUGCCUCGUUUUCCAAAUGGGGAGUGGCAUUGCUAGCUGGUGGGGAUGUAUUGUCUUUGUUGUUGUUCUCUGCAAUUGGAAGAUUCAGUCAUGGGUUUGCGGUUAUUGACUCUGAAACAUUGCGAACAGCUGAUCCUUUUAUUGCCGGUUGGUUUUUGAGUGCAUACUUUCUUGGGGGGUAUGGAGAGGAUGCUCGAGGAAUCAAUGGCUUGUUCAAAUCAUCUAUUGCUGUCACAAAGUCUUGGGCUUUAGGUAUCCCGUUGGGUGUAAUCAUAAGAGCUGCAACUGUUGGUCACAUACCACCAGUUAACUUUAUUAGAGUCACCAUGGGGAGCACCGCUCUAUUACUUAUUGGGUGGAGAACACUUUUUUAUUGCAUCCUCCGUGAUGAUCAGAAGAAGUGCAAUGAUGUAUACAAGCGCGGUAGUACAUUUGAGCUCUUUGAGGGGCAAGGUUUGCAUAUACACCCCCUCUCCAAACCCUACUCGCGCGAGAUCCAAUUGCUCACGUCCUUGGUUAGAAGAUGGUGAAAGAUGUGCAAGUUACAACAAUAACUAUUUCUUGUGGGAGGUAUUUUUAAACUUGUACGUGUUUUCUGUAAUCCAGAACAUGUGAAACUUGUCAUGCUGCACUGCCAUUCUAACAUUUUAAUGGCACAAUAUUCAACAAAAUCUCGUGUGUACAUCAACAGUUGAAACCAUUGUCACUAACAUUGUCUUGGGGAUUGUAUUUGUAACAAGACAAAAUAUUAUUAAGAAGAAAAAUGGUGGAUUAUA